CUGUUCAAGUCAGGAGAAGAAAUACUUCUUUGAAUUCCUCCGCACUGGAUGCAUUUGUACUUCCUGUUGAUACAGAAAAGGAAAAUGCUCAUUUUUAUGUUGCAGAUAUGAUUAUAUCCACAAUGGAGAAGAUAAAAUAUAACAUGCAGAGUCAAUGGCAUACAGAGAACUGGAAACUGGAGGAAACCAGUGGGUUACUUAAGAAUGAUCAGGCUGACUCAGAAGUGACUUUUUCUACCAAUAUAAAUCAAGACUCAGGGUCUUCUGCUUCUUCAGACAGUGGCUAUGAAGGUUGUGCUGCAUUACAGAUUAGCCCCAUGGUUGAAUCAUCUACUCCGUAUGAGGCUAUAAAAGAGGAUUGCAAAUGUGACUUCAAUAAAUUUAUUAUUCCAGAACUUGAAAAGUUUGGCAGUGCCACCGAAACCUAUAGCUGUCCUAAUAGCUCCUCUCAGAGUGUCAUCUCUGCAUCAAACUUCAAUUCUCCUGAGCGAAUAGCCAAAGAGCUGUACCAAGUAUUCCGCAAGUGCUGCAUGUUGGCAGCAGUUAAUUAUCAGCUGCCGGCUGCCCUGAAUGCACCUGACUCCACAGUUGUAAACAAGGAGUUUGUGCAAAAAGACUUUGAAUUCAGUGCUGAGGUGGUACAGGAAACUAAAUUCAAGUCGAGGAUGAGAGAGACAGAAGACUGGCUGCCACCUAGAUUUCAAAUCAUAUUUAAUGUUCAUCCGCCACUCAAGAGGGACCUUGCAUUAGUAGCCCAGGAUUUUCUCUGUGCUGGCUGUGGAACUCCGAUAGAACCUAAGUUUGUAAAGCGGCUCAGAUACUGUGAAUACCUUGGGAAGUAUUUCUGCCAUGGGUGCCACACCGCUGCCGAGGCCUGCAUCCCUGCCCGUAUCCUCGCCUCAUGGGACUUCAAGAAGUACUACGUCAGCAAUUUCUCCAGGCGCCUCAUAGACAGCAUUUGGCACCAGCCCGUUUUCAAUCUGCUGAGUGUGGGCCAGAGUCUGUCCGGGAAAGUCAGGGAGCUGGAUCGCGUGAAGGAAGUCCAGGAGCAACUUUUCCAUAUCAAGAAGCUGUUGAAGACCUGCAGGUUUGCUGAAAGUACAUUUCAGGCAUUCAAGCAGGUGCCCAGCCACCUGACAGAUGAGUGCCACCUUUUCUCACUGGAUGACCUGGUCAGGAUCAAGAAGGGGCUGCUGGUGUCCACACUCAAGGAUCUUCUAAAGACUUCCCUUGCCCAUGUGGCCAGAUGCGAGCUAUGUCAAGGAAAGGGCUUCAUCUGUGAAUUUUGCCAGAAUCCUGAUGUUAUUUUCCCAUUUCAGACUGCAACAUGCAGAAGAUGUUCAGCGUGCAGAGCCUGCUUUCACAAACAAUGCUUCCGGGGCACCCAGUGCCCCCGAUGUCUAAGGAACACAGUCCGGAGGAGACAUCUGGAAAAUGUGCCCACUACAGCCACGUGAUGCCCCUCUGGGUUGUGAGGAAGCUGGACAAUGGCAAUGUUUCUAUGAUUAAUUGCAUGUUUCCAAUAGCAAGUAUUGGACAAUAAGAAGAGUUCUUUUCUGUAUAUCAUGAAUGUUUUGGGGAACACAGUUUCCUCGUUACUGUUUACAAAUGUUCCAUGUUUUUUGCUGCUACUGUGAUUUGGUUUCCUACAUGGACCCCAGAUCCAAUGGGAUAGCCAAGAUCUUCUCAGUGCAUUCAGGCACUGGGGAUUCAGUUUGGAACUCACACUUGUCGUGAGAACUUUUUAAGGAUUGAAUCAUCUUCCAGGCAGGCUCAGGUGCUGUGUCCUGGGGGAUCCCUAAGAGCAGAGCUACACAGUCAUCUCAGUGCACAGGGGUUGACCUCAGAGACUUGCUCUUGCCCGGAAAGUGCUUUCAGCCACGGAGCCAUCUUCUGGGCCCUCUCUGCGGGGAUCAUAAGUAGUUGGACUGUUCUGAUCACUUCCGUGCACAGGGUAUCAUCAGAGUUUGAAUUCACAACUGUCCACUUGCCUCGGAGCAUCUUCCAGGCCUCAU